AUGAUUGGAAGCUACCCCGUGUUCUCUAAAGAUGAAGCUGUAGUCGAUGACUUUUUCGGCACAAAGGUGGCUGACCCAUACCGCUGGCUGGAAAAUCCCGAUUCAGAUCAGACCAAAGCCUUCAUUGAUGCGGAAAAUGCCAUUACAAUGCCUUACCUUAACUGUUGUCCUUACAGAGAACAGAUGAAAACUAAGAUCUCUGAACUGUGGGACUAUGAAAAAUACCAGUGUCCUUUCAAGCGAGGCUCGCGAUAUUUCUACUUCUACAACAGUGGAUUGCAAAACCAAUCUGUGCUCUACGUGAUGGAGAGUUUGAAAGGACCAGCCCGGGUAUUCUUCGACCCAAACGCUCUCUCUUCUGAUGGUCUAGUUUCCUUGAACACCUAUGGGUUCUCAAAAGAUGGUGAAUAUUUUGCGUAUGGUUUGAGCAAGGCUGGCUCAGAUUGGGUCACGAUUCGGGUUCGCAAAGUGGCAACGGGAGAGGAUCUGGAAGACAAAUUGGACCAUGUUAAAUUUACUGGGAUUAACUGGACUCAUGACAACAAGGGAUUCUUUUACGGUUGCUACCCUGACGCAGCCCCCAAUGCCGACGGGAAGGAAACUGACUCGAACGAAAACCAGAAGCUCAUGUAUCACCGUCUCGGUCAGCCUCAGUCAGAAGACGUCCUCUGUGUAGAAUGGCCAGAUAAUCCCAAAUUCAUGAGCUCCGCCGAAGUCUCGGAUUGCGGUCGCUAUGUCUUUGUUUCGGUACAUGACGGCUGCGAACGCAACAAUUUGUUCUACUUUACCGAUCUGGAGAAGAUUGGAUACAAAAUCACAGGCAAACUCGAAAUGACGCCUAUAUUGGAUAAGUUUGAAGCGGUCUUCGAUUACGUAACUAACGAGGGUCGCAAGGUUGUGAUCCAAACCGAUCUCAAUGCGCCAAUGUUCAAACUCAUAACAGUCGACUUGGAUAACCCGUCACGCGAAAACUGGACCGAUCUCAUACCUCAUGACGAGUCCUGUCUUUUGGAUUGGGCUGCUUGCGUCAAUAAUAAGGAUCUCGUUGUCUGCUUCAUGAAGGAUGUUUGCAAUCGUCUGUCAGUCUACGCCUUGGAAACCGGGGCUAAAGUAAAGGACAUUCCCAUCGACAUUGGUUCUGUGUCAUCAUUUUCCGGACGAAAGGAGGACACCAUGAUGUUCUUCCAAUUCACCUCGUUUCUUGUGCCUGGCGUGAGUUACUCCUAUGAUCUGACCGAUGUGCAUGCGAAACCAGAGGUUGUCUUUGAGACCGAGGUGAAGGGUCUGGAUCUUUCCAACUUCGAGGCUCGUCAGGUUUUCUACCAGAGCAAAGACGGCACGAGGGGUUUCGUACAGGACGGAUCCGCACCAUGCCUUCUCUACGGAUACGGCGGUUUCGCCAUCUCGCUGAAGCCCUUCUACAGCCUCUCCAAUUCAAUGUUUCUGCAGAACUUCAAUGGGGUAGCUGCUGUCGCCAACAUCAGAGGUGGAGGGGAAUACGGCGAGAAGUGGCACACAGGUGGCAAGGUGCUGAAUAAGCAGAAUUGCUACGAUGACUUCAUCUCCGCCGCUGAAUUCCUGGUCAACAACAAAUUCACAUCGCCUCGAAGACUGAUCAUCGAGGGUGGCAGUAACGGAGGUCUGCUGGUCAGUGUUUGCACGAAUCAACGUCCUGAUCUGUUUGGCGCAACAAUCUGCCAUGUACCAGUGACGGACAUGCUCCGCUUCCAUCGGUUCACCAUCGGUCACGCGUGGCAGUCCGAUUAUGGCGACAGUUCCAAGGAGGAAGUGUUCCGCUACCUGAUGACGUACUCUCCCCUCCACAACAUUCGGCCACCGAGCGAUCCCGCGGUGCAGUACCCGGCCGUCCUCGCACUGACCGCCGACCACGACGAUCGCGUGGUGCCGCUCCACUCCCUCAAGUACAUGGCCACCCUGCAGGAGGUCGUCGGCCGGGGCUGCUCCAGCCAGACCAACCCCCUGCUCCUUCGGGUCGAGACUAAUGCUGGCCACGGAGGUGGAAAGCCAACAUCGAAGAGGAUUGAAGAGCUGGCCGACAUUUUUGCGUUUAUCCAAGUCUCUCUGAAUCUACCCUGGAACCCAUAG